AUGCCUCGACCGGGUCGCAGCACGUACGGCGACCAGAAACCGCCGUACUCUUAUAUAUCGCUCACCUUUAUGGCCAUACAAUCUUCAGACGAGAAGAUGCUGACGCUGAAUGAAAUCUACCAGUUCAUCAUGCAGCGAUUUCCGUACUAUCGCAAGAACACCCAACGGUGGCAGAACUCACUGCGUCACAACCUUUCCUUCAACGACUGCUUCAUCAAGAUUCCCCGCCGCCCGGACAAGCCGGGCAAGGGCAGCUAUUGGGCACUACAUCCCAACUCGGGUGAUAUGUUCGAGAAUGGCAGCUUUCUCCGCCGACGGAAACGCUUCAAACUGCAGAAGAACCUCAAAGAGGAGAUCAACCAGUCAUCAUCACUAGAGAAGCAGUCGCCGAAGCAGUCCUUCUCCAUUGAGCACCUCAUCGGCAGUGCUGCUGAAUCGAACCACAAUCAUCAUCAGUCUGCCAAACAGGGUCGGUCAUCGCUGAAACAGCAACACCAGCAACAACAACAUCAACAGGAGCAGCUGGCGUUGAUCACCUCAGAUGCGGCCACUGCGGCGGCCAUUCAAGCGGCACUGAGCGUCUCCAAUCCUCUUCUUUCUGGUCAUAACUCGUACAGGGGCUCCAAUCCAUUUCGUGGGGCGCACGGAGCCGCUGCACUCUCAUCGGCGUUUGCUGCGGCUGCUGCCAACGCCAGUAAUGGUCAAAAUGGAAGUGUG